AUGCAAUUAGUUUUGAAGGGAUUAAACUUCAAGGUCAUUUGGAUUGUUAUUUCUCUUUUUUCUGAAAACGCUGCAAAUCCCUUUGGAUCUUCUAUUAUUUCUGCGGUUGGCGGAUAUGAUUCGGUUGAAAAAAUUGAUCCUCAAUUGAAUUUUCUACGCAAGAAAAAACAGGACAUUCUUGCGUUUAUUGGCCAUUUUCUGAUGGUCGCUAAAAGAAUGCAAGUACUUUGCAAUGAUAUUGACAACUUCCUUGCCAAUCCCUUGGGCUCGGUUUUUGAACUCCGCGUUUUCGUCCUUUGCUUUGUGAUCUCAAAAAUAAAGGUCUCCUAUUUGUUGAUGGUUCUGUUGAACGUCGCCCUUUUGUGGAAUUGGCCCCCGUUCAUGAUUUUUCGUGGCCUUUCCCUGUAUUUGUAUGAUUCCUUUCUGAGAUUUUAUUUUAAGAAAUAUUUUGCAACGGUUCUGAUUGAUCGUCGUGUGUUCUGGCCGGUUUCUGUUGGCAAUCAGAACCAAAAUCAAUGGUACAUCAGAAUCCCAACAAAGGCGGAAAUCCUCCAUAGAAGGAUUCUCUUUUUUGACCUUUAUGACAAGACAAAUAACGAAAUUAUUCGCGUGCUAUAUCUCUAUGAAAAUCAACGCUGGUGGCCGGGCAUUGGUUGGACAGACAUGCUUAAAUCAACGGAUCGUCCAAGAUAUUCAAAUGAAAGUGGCUCGAUUGGGUCUUCCUUACUGUUGCCGAUUGAACAGCAGGCAUUG